AUGGUUCGCGAAGGCACCCGCUCGCAGACGGGCAAUUCCAGGCCGCGCAUCUUCCCCGCUGUCGAAUCCGCGCCCGCUGCCGUGCGAAAACGCACCUCACAGGCCACCACCAAGACCAAGAAGACCGCCGAAGACCCCGUCCCCAAGGCUGCCAAGCCUACUGGAGUCACCAAGUCAAAGGCCAAGGUGACCAAGGGGCCCAAGAAGGCAAAGACGGAGACGGGCAACAAAGGCGCCCCCAAGACAGCAAAGGUUGGGGGGGGUCACGAAGCGAAUGUCGACAACUGUUGUUCGGUAAAUGGAUCGAUGUUUUGGGAAUUAUAA